UCACGACAGACAAAGGAAUAUGAAAUAGAAUAUCUGAUCUCAAAAAUUCCCCACGAUUUCCCACCGCUUAUUUCUCUUGGCUGCUUGACAAUACCUGAACCAACAAAAUCAAACCUCCUUUUCUUUCUCCAGUUUUGUUCCUUGUAAUGGACCUGACCACCGCCAUCAAACCAUCGCAGCUCCUCUUCCUCGUACAUGAUCAUAACGCUGCUUCAACAAGACAUAAUUGUCAGUAACAUGUCAAGGCCGCCUCAGUCGGUAAACAAUGCCCAAACCAACGCCAAAUCAAACUUCUACCUUACCAAGCCGACAGCUAGUCUCCCUGACAUAUUCCUAACUGCAAUUUCUCUGCUUGUGCUCUUCUCUUCGCCUAAGCCCAACCAUACCAUUCUCCCCAAACUCCUUCCUUUCCCUCCAAACCCACGCCGCUUUCUCAAAAUUCCAUCCAUGUCUCACUCCAGGACCCCCUUUGCUACCCCACAAGCUCUCUCCGAUUGGCUCAAACCCCGCUUACCCUCUGAUUCGCUGACUUCUUGGGGGGUCAAACCUGGAACCAAAAACGUCCACAAUCUCUGGCUGGAACUCUCCGAAGGUGAGACAUCUCUCGUCGAUUCCUCCCCUCCACUCCGUACAGUUAAUGUCGUCACAGUUCGUAUACUCGGCGAAGACAACCUUAUCCUCGUCGAAUCUCGGCAAGAAUUGUCGGAUGGUAGUGUCAGGGAUCGGUUUAGACCAUUAUCAGAGAAAAUGAAGCCCCAUGAAACCCCUGAAGAAGCCGUGGCUCGUGCAGUAAAAGAAGAGCUUGGUUCGAUAAUUGAUUCUGGGGUCGUGAGAAUUGUGCCGGGGUCUUAUCAAAAGAAACUCGAGGAGCGAAAUUCGGUGUCAUAUCCGGGUUUGCCGGCACGUUAUGUUUUGCAUUCGGUGGACGCUUGGGUGGAAGGUUUGCCUGAGGAAGAUUUUUGUACUGAAGAAAAGGAUGAGUACAAGGAUUUUGAUGGGACUAGGAGAUUGGAGAAAGCCGUGUCUGUAAGGAAGCAUUACUGGAAAUGGCCAAAAGACUACUUCUUGGUGAUUACCAGCUAUGACCACAACCACAGUACAAUUGGCACUCAUCCAUAGACGCUCAAUAUAUCAUGGGUCUCAAGAUCCCCCCGUUAGGUUUAAGAACCCCUUCUCAAAUCAUGAACACAUUCAUGGUACUAUCUCAAGGAACCAUGCAACAGGCUGGAAGUACAAGUUUUAUACGCUGAAUACGUCACAAGAAGAUAUGUUUUAGUAUAUGCAGACAUGGUCAUCGAGAGGGGGGGAUGCGGGGAUAUCAUUUUUAGCUUUAUUAACCAGAACCUGGGAUGGGAAACACUUUUGGAAUAAUUGAAAGGAAUGUAAGGCUUUUAAAAGAGCUUUAAGAGAGAGUAGCCAUAGCCUUUUUAUUCGAUUGGAUGUAGUGCAGAGGCCCAGUGGCAUCUCCAUUUCUUUCUUUAUUUUUUUUUAAAGGAGGUCGCAGCUGGAGAUAGGAAGGAGUUGCAGGGAUUUGAAUAUGGGCUUACUAUGUCACUUCUUAAGUUAUGGUUCUUCUUUCUUUUUCCAUUAGCCAACUUGUUUAGUGAAAGCAAAAUUGGUUUUGCUUAACAUGAUUUUUGAAUCAACAGAUAAUCUAGAUAUGAGGAGUGCAUGGAAAUCAUGAGCUUUUUUACAUAAAGCUGUAGUUUUGAAGUUGUACAUAAAAGUUUCUUGUAUUAUUGAGCAGUGCACAGAGGGUUACAAAAGAAGCAUGUGAUACAUGAAGAAUCUGUAAAACUUUCUCAAAACAACCAGGAAUCAUCCUAAUGAUUUCUGGGUGUCUUUAUGUAGCCGCUAAGAAAAGGGUAUAAACAAUUCAUAAAAAUUUUGAUUCUGGGCCAACACAUCACUCAGCCGUGGAUUUUUGGUGGAUCAGCUUCAUUAGUCAGUCAGGUUAGUUACAUAUAUAUACGCCAAGGGACCCUCCUAAUUA